CGAUCGCAGAUCCGAUUCCUCUCUCUUCUUCUUCUCCUCCUCUGCAAAUCUCGGAGCUCCUCGUCGUCGUCGCCGUCCUCCGUUUCGGCCGGCGGAACCCUAAAUCCUUCCAAAAUUCGGAUAAAAUCUCUAGGCUCGCUGAUGGCGACCGAGGAGCCGUUGCCGGCGGUGGAGCCAGCCCCCGAGCCGGCCAGCCCGGAGGCCGCCGGCGAGAACCCGGCCCCCAAGGCCGGGAAGUCGAAGAAGGCCAAGGAGCCCAAGGCCAAGAAGCCUCCCGCCCCGAAGAAGCCCCGCAGUCCUCCCUCCCACCCCCCCUACGAAGAGAUGAUCAAGGACGCGAUCGUGACGUUGAAGGAGAAGUCCGGCUCGAGCCAGUACGCCAUCUCCAAGUUCAACGAGGAGAAGCACAAGCAGCUCCCGCCCAACUUCAGGAAGCUGCUGCUCUUCCAUUUGAAGAAGCUCGUCAGCUCCGGCAAGAUCACGAAGGUCAAGGGCUCGUUCAAGCUCCCUCCCGGGAAAUCGUCGUCGGCUCCGUCGGCGGCGCCGGCGGCGGCUCCCAAGCCGGCCGCCGCGGCUAAGAAGCCGUCGAAGCCGAAGGCUGCUGCGAAGCCGAAACCCAAGGCGAAGGCCGCCGCUAAGCCCAAGGAGACGACGAAGUCGGCCAAGCCUGCUGCGAAGGCCACGGCCAAGCCGAAGGCGGCUGCCAAGCCGAAGCCUAAGGCCCCCGCGGCGGCUAAGCCCAAGGCUUCCGCCGCGGCUGCCAAGCCGAAGGCGGCGGCGGCGGCCAAGGCCAAACCCAAGGCCGCGGCUGCCAAGCCGAAGCCGGCUGCCCCGAAGGCUAAGGCCGCGGCGAAGCCGCCGAAACCCAAGGAGAAGCCGGCGAAAGCUUCGAGGACCUCGACGAGGACCUCUCCGGGGAAGAAGGCGGCGCCUCCCAAGAAGGCCCCCGCGGCGAAGAAGACGUCGGCGAAGACCGUUAAGCCGAAGAGCGUCAAGUCGCCCACGAGGAAGCCUUCGGCGCGGAAGGCGAAGAAGUGAUGAUGGGAACGCCAUAGAGAGAGGGAGAGAGAGAGAGAGAGGCAGAGAGUGAGAUAGGAAUGCUUUGUCUAGGGGUUAGUUCCGGUAAAUUUCGAUAGGAACUCGUUGGUAUUGUAUUGUGACGACUCUUGGGAAAUACAUAGUGCAUCGGAAAUUUUUCUUUCGUUUU